AGUAAAUCAGACUGCUGUUGUCCAUUUGGUAUCCAAGUGGUCUGAUGUGAUGGUUGAUGAGUUUGAGGUAUGUCUGUUUGUUGCUCAUAACCUGCGAAUGUUAGUAUGCUCCCAUAUUACGUGUUAAUACGUGGUUUACAAUAGAGGAGUGAGGUUAUUCACUAGCUACUCGGGAUUUAGCCUCACAAGGCGUGUUGUUUUAAUGAUUAGUUUCAAGUACGAAUGGCACCAGAUUUCAAAAGGGAAUGCUGCAAACAGAGGUAUCCCAUGCCUUUUCAACCUACAACCCCAUUUGCCUUGACAGUGUUGGGAUCUCUUAUUCCAAAAAGAUACAACAGUAUCUUGAACGAACAAAAGCAAGUAUAGAUUGAGAUGAACGUUUCUUCAACGAUCUCCGUGCAAUCUCUUGUUGGAGUUUUCUCCGAUCCAAGGUGCCGAAAUAUCGUCUGCAGCUUCCACGAUUCUUGUUGUAGCAGCGAAUGGGAGGAUACAUGCGAUGAGAUAGCCGAGAAUUUGUGCAAACCAGACGUGGAGGAGAUCCCGAGCAUUGGUGGGGAUUGUCCGUUCGGAAUGACCUGCAGCUAUGAGCAGAUGGCCAAUUGCACCGAACUGGUGACCCAUUACAAUGAUACAAUGUAUUUGGGAAACGUACUCGGUGGAAUUUACUGCGGUGGCGGGGAAGCCGACUUUUAUGGAAUCCAAAACUGCCCAAGGGGGAGCUACUGUCCAGAUCCAGAAACAAAGCUUCCAUGCCCGGCCGGAUAUUUUUGUCCGUAUAAGACUCUUGAUCCAACGUUGCCAUGCGCACGGUGCAAGGAGGGGGCCCUCGAACUCGAACGUGAUUUGUACGGUUGGAUUGGUUUGCUUAUAAUUUUGGUAUUGGCCGUAGCGUACAUCGCAUGGGGCUUAUUGAACCGAUACAACAAGCGCGUAGCGGAUCAUGUCAGCGAUCUGGAACAACGAGCAUUGAACCGAAUUGAGAAUCUGAAAUCGGACAUGACCGGGAAUGAUUCUGAACAAAGCCGUGAACUCGAACAGCUCCGGCCAAAACUGGAACUCAUCAAAAUCCGCCUCGCGAAUAUGGAGAGAACAGACGAAUCAGCGAGGGACGUUAAAGUUUUGGGCUCAAGCAAGAAAAUUAUUGAUGGUAGCAAGGCCGUUGAAUUGGAUGGAGAACGUAUAAGGUUCGACGCAAUUCGUCUCUUUGAUGUAUUGGAUAUCGAUGGUAGCGGCGAUCUUAGCUUUGACGAGCUAAACGCUAUUUUAGGCCUGAGCGAGGUGGAAUUGAAAGAAUUCAUCCGAAGAAUGAAUGAGAUGGCUGCCGAUUCUUCCUCCGACAAAAACACUGUUACGAGACCCGUCUUUGCGAAAUACUUUUUGCAGGUCCUCACAGAUACCAACCACAUUGCUAUUUCCUACGAGGAAGCCGAGGCUAUUUUCGAUAGUUUCGUUGACGGUAAUAAGUCGACGAACGAAAUCAACAUGAAUAAAUUCUACUCAUCUUCUAUGUCGGAAUUUCUCUCCGAUAGCCAGAUUCUCCAGCUCAUUAAAGCAUUCAAAGCUCUUAAGACGGACGUCGAUAUAUUGGUGCAAGAUCCACACCAUGAUGACCUCCAAACUGGUUCAGAACAAUUAUCUCGUACGAUCAACCGUCGCGGAAGUUUGAGUGCUCUUCGAGCUAGUAGACGCCCGAGCACCAUGGCUUUGGAAGCAAUCAUAACUGCAGAAGAAGCAACUGACCAGAAAAUCACUUCAUCAUUAAGAGGAGCAACACCAACGACAAAAACGUCAGGAGGAAAAUCGACGAUGAUGAUCGGGCGCAAGCUUUUUAUUGAAAAGUAUCCGCAGCUGCUCAUGGACAUAAUGCUGAAAGAAGAAGAUGGUGAUGACCACACUGAGCUCAUAGAUAUAUGUGGUGUUGAUCUUUGCUUCAAAGACCUUUCCCUUUCUAUUAAAGUUGGCAAGCAGACAGUCGAUGUCGUAAACAAUGUGACGGGAAGAAUCCGAGGAAAGACGAUGACAGCUUUGAUGGGUGGUAGUGGUGCAGGCAAAACGUCGCUUCUCAAUGCACUGUGCGGAAGAGCGCAUUACGGAGAAACAACUGGAACGGUAUAUCUUAAUGGCCAUGAAACAGAUAUCGAAAGUCACGUGGAUUGUAUCGGUUUUGUGCCCCAGGAUGAUAUUGUAUAUGCAGAACUGACCGUCAGAGAAAAUUUCAUAUUCGCUGGAAAGUUUCGCCUACCGAAGGGCACGUCAGACAAAGAGGUUCAAGAGCUAGUAGAUGAAACAAUUGCAAAUCUUGGUUUGGCUCGCGUAGCCAAUAGCCCGGUAGGAGAUGUGAAAAGAAGAGGAGUUUCGGGAGGAGAAAAGAAAAGAGUGAACAUUGGCCUUGAACUUAUGGGAAUGCCAUCUAUAUGUAAGUCAUAGUCUCUUUCAUGUGCGAUGAAUGUAUCAUACGAUUGAAGCCCUUGUAAUAUCCUUAUCUCUUCUAUUCUGUAAUCGAUUUUUCUAUCAAUUUAGUGUUUCUUGACGAGCCAACCUCAGUAAGUUUCGUUUCAUCCCCACAAACAUAUUUUUCAAAACAAAUGUCUUAGCAAUCCUGACUUUUUGCUAUUUUUUGUAUGUCUCUGGUCUCUUCUUUUUUUUUCCACGCACCGGUAUCAUUUAUUUUCGCAAGGGUCUGGUACGUACUAACUAAGAAGCCUGUCAUUUUCUGAUUGUAAACAAUGGAAACUGACCUUUUUUCACUCUUGCACAAUAGGAUGCUUCAUCUGCUCUUUUAGUGAUGAAGAGUCUCAACCAUUUGGUCGAAAGAGAUGGAGUAACUGUAGUAUCUGUGAUCCAUCAGGUUAGUGAGGGCCCGUCGUUAGAACACCGAAAGCAUAGAUUGAUAAUCCUUUUUUUUGCUGAACUCUACUCAUUCGGAAUGACUCGAUCUCUUUUGACUCGUUAUCUCGUUUAUCAGCCUCGGAAAUUCAUUUAUGAUUUGUUUGAUUCACUGAUUUUGCUAGGAGUGGGGGGGGAAAUCAUGUAUCACGGUCCAACAGAAGGUGCAGAGCCUUAUUUCGAUCGCCUGAACUAUAAAUUGCCGAAGGGGGAAAGUGUCUCAGAUUGGCUGAUUGAUAUCAGUAGCGGCAGAUUGGAACCCGAAAAUAAUAUCAGUUUGACGAAAGGGGAAUCAAAGAAAAAGGGGAAAGAUUCCAAAGUGGGAGGAAAAGAACAUAUAUUACCACAACCUGGAGUAAUCAAUGAUGAUAAUUGUGUUGGCAAGAAGGGAGUAACUACUGGCAAGGUUGUUCGGUGAGCAAAAUACUGAUGUUGCAAAUUCAUGAUCGAUGUUCGUGAUUUUGACGUUCUAUUUUUUUGCGAUUUCAUACAUUUUUUUUUUUUUUCAGAGCACUUGAAGAUGCAAAACUACGUAGGACAUGGCUGUGCGAAGAGUGGUUGAAAUAUUUUGAUAACAUGGGUGAUAAAGAAAAAACGCUUUACGAGCCCCCAGAAAAGUAUGAUUUACCGAUAGAUAUCGAAAAGCCUUCUUUCUCAUUCCAAUUUGUAAAUCAGGUGAAAAGAGCACUACUGGUAGCGUGGAGAGAUCGACUUACACGAAUUAUCACUGCCACAAUAAUAGUUGGAUCCGUGAUAUUUAUCACUGCUCUAGAUGGAGUAACAUCAGUUUCUAUCGAUCUAAACCCUGAUCUCCCGUUCGACGUUUUGGUUCGCCCACAGGAGCGUGACCAAGAAAACAUUUUCAAUGCUCUGUUUGCAUAUGUUCAUAGGCAACAGAUACAGUAAGUUAAAUGUGCACCAACUGAAUGGAACCGUGGUAACUGUUGCAGUUCUUUUGACCCGUUUCGUUUCUGAACCCCUUAAUUUCUUCGUAGAUAUCCAAUGAAAGUUGGCAUCGUUCUUUGUAUCAUUGUCGGGUUAACAGCAACAACUAAUCUAACGUCGAAGCGUAUGGAAUUUUUCCGGGAGUCCGGGUCGGGGUAUGAUAUCAAUGCAUAUUUUUUUGCGAUAAACAUUAUUUCUACCAUUGAAUUUUCAAUUCAGGUAUUAAUAGCAGCUCUCUUUGCAACCUGGAUUCGGAAUCCAAUUGCAUCCUAUAUUUCAUACUACAUCCAUUUUCUUCUGUUGACGUGGGUGACGGUCUCAUGGUCGAUGUUUUUCCCCAUGGUAUGCUCGCCAGAUACUGUGCCGUUAGUUGCAGGCUUCUUCUUCACAUUUUGUGGUUUGGUUUUCAGUGGGGCUUUCUCUCCUUUCGGAUAUGAAGCAAUUUACGAAGAGGGCGGUUUCAAAGAGGUUUUGGUCGGAUGGGUUUCACCGACGCGUUUCUUUUUUGAAGCAUUGACGGUUGGGGAAUACAGAUGUUUACCUGAGCAAAGUGGGUUCACAAUCGCAUCAAGUAGCUCAAAUCGCAACUCAACCAACACAAUGAUGAGAAAAAUGGGAUAUGCUGGUCGCGACCUUCAAGCAGUUCGUUGGUCGUGCGAUGGUUGGUACUGGUCAGUAGCUCCGGCAAUCCUAAUCGGAAUCACAGUUCGUUACCUAGCGUUCGGUGCUAUGCAUGCUUGUUUCAGAGCCCAACAAGCGAAGAAGCCUUUGAUUCAUAAACUUCAAAAGAAGCGCACUUGUUUUCCUGAGAUUUUUUACGUUGCCGGUUUCAUACUUUUGGUGUCUUUUACAACCGUUGUUUUUAUUGUGGACCAACCGUUCGACGAAAAUGUUCCACGGACUGAACUGCAGCUGCUCAAUGACUUUGGUUUCUUUGAUUGAUUAUCACAAUCUGGCAAUCAGGCUUGCACAAGACAUUUAACUUUUUAAUAUUUAUAUCACAUAUGUUUUGUGAGGUUUGCAUGCGUUGAUUAAUAUCUAAAUUUCUGGCAGAAAGUUGUUGAAAACAUCCGGCGCUCGGAAUUUUAAAUGUUUGAGGAGACAAACAAUAGACACCAUCUUCCUCCCAAAAGUCGCGCCAGCUGCCUAUGAUUUUUCUGUAGAAAAAUAGUAAUCUACCCACUAAGCUAGAACAAAAACAAAGAUAAAGCAAUGCCGCUGCUCAAAAGUUUUGUCCAAUGCAAUAUGCUCGUGACAGUGCUCGCAGAUGGCGAUGCGUACUUUUCGGACAAAAAGAUGCAUUCAUCAUUAAUGCAAUCAAAGGUUUCGUUGACAAGAGUCUUAUUUUUCGGAAGGUAGCAAUCCACCAAAUACGUCUUGUUGUCAAAGUCGAAUUUUUCCAGGGUCAGGGCAUCAAAAUUCUGCCCUCUUAAUUCGUCUUGGCAGGUCGCACAAGUAUCGCCUAGAUCGCAAGCAUAAAAUUCUAGUGGCGGAGACACAAAUGGGGUAAGAUCUUUUAAUACUCGCAUGUCGUAUCGCCAUUCUUCGCUGCAACCUGUCCACAUGGAGUUGGAGCUGUUGUUGUCGAAUGCUCGAUAUGAAUCGACUCCAACAACUUGGCAGCCAUUUUCAAUACGAUCAAAAUAUUCGUCGUACUUCAAGUCUUCCUCCUCGUAAGUGUCGCUGUUGUUUCGGUAUUUGUUUCUGUAGUGGUGUCCGUGACGAUAAUGAGAGCUGGAGAGGAAAUAUCCGGUCAUAAACCCUGUUCCAUAGCCGCCGUUGGGGUAUUUCCCGAAGCCAUUCGUUUUAGCAUACCCACCUCCGUUGGAUUUAAUAGGGCGAUAACUACUGCUGGUGCUGCUGCUGCCCCAUUUAGAGCUUCCGCCGGUGCUAGUACUACUCGUACCAACACUGGAUCCUGAGCCUGAAGGUUUGAAGUUGCCACUACUGGAUCCUGAGCCUGAAGGUUUGAAGUUGCCACUACUGGAUCCUGAGCCUGAAGGUUUGAAGUUGC